CAGGAGUGUUAACAGCUGUAGUGUUAAAGCACAUACAAGUGGCAGUGCCUGCCACUGCAAAAAGCUGGAGAAAAUGGAUCCACACCCAGGUUUUCAGGAAAGUGCUUAUGUAGCUAGUAACAAUCUGCAUUCCAAAGCUCUGGACUCCUGAGAACUCGGUGCUUUGUGGCCUUCUGUAGUAAGGAGCAAAGUUGCUGGGACUUUGUGCGUUCUAGGCAGGUAUUCCACCACAGCUAUAUUUCUAACUCAUAAUGGCAUUUUUUCUUACUACUGUUACAUAUGUGGAUGUUAAAAGACUGCAUUCAGAAGCCCUCUCCUGCCAUGUGGGUCCUGGAAAUCAAACUCAAGUGACCAGAAUUGGCAGCAAGUGCUUUUAGCAACUGGGCCUCCCGGCCACCUCAGUAGUAUUUUGAUUAGGAAUUAGAGGAUUCUACUCCUUCAGCAGUACACAUCAUUUCUUCCUUCUCCUCCACCAUAAGUUCCCAUAUGAUGACUACUGUACUUCAACUCUAAAAGCAUGAAGAGCAAGCAAGCUGUCAGUAUAGUUGAAUGUUGGGACCUGUAGGUUCAAGAGGUAAUAGAGCAUCUGUAGUCUUAGGGUGGACUCACAAGCCAAAAAGUGAGCUUCCUUCCUGUAUGAAAGCUUACAGGAGGACAUUGUUUGGGAUUUAGCUCCAGCAGUAGACCCUAAAAGAACAGACCAAAAUGGGGGUGAAAGAGGUGGUUCAACAGGUAAAAGCGCCUUCCAACAAGCCUGACAGCCUGAGUCCAGUCCUUGGGACCCACAUGGUCAAAGAACUGCAAGUUGCCCUCUAGACAUGUAAACAUGUUGCAUGCACACACAAAACAGAAUGUGUAAACACCACAAUAGACCAACAUGGAGCUAUUUCUGGUAAAAGUUCUGUUAACAACCCAAAUUAAGCUAUUUAGGUGACUUUCCAAGAAAUCAAGGGAAAGCAAAAUUUCAAAAACCAGUCUCAGCAGGAUAGGGAGGUCCCCUCUGCCCUGAUAAUUACAAAGAAAGCAGUGUGCAGGCUAGAGAAAGAUGACUCAGUGAUUAAGAGCACUGGUUGCCCUUUGAGAGGACCCGGGUUCAAAUCCCAGUGCCACAUGGUAACUCCAAUCCCAGGGGAUCCAGGCACACAAGAGGAACACAGAUGUAACAUGCAGGCAGAACAUGCUUAUAAAGCAGUCUGAAGGUAACCUGUUAACAGUAUGGUACCUUGUUAUGUUGCCCAGGCAAGCCCAGAACUGGGCUCAAGAAAUCUUGCCUCGGUCACCAGAACUACUACAUGAAUGUGCCUUUGUUCUUCAAAUUGUACUGGUAUCUCAAAUCAGUGUGGAUACUGCUCUUCCCUACUUAACAAGUCUGCUGAUGGUUAAAUGGGCAGGUUGUAACCAUGACUCUGGUGUUUUGUCUCUUUGGAGUAGUACAUUUAAUUGUACAAGUGAAUCACUUGCCCAGAACAGAUUUUGCAUUGCCUUUCUAGCUUCAGUAUGAGUGCCAAGAGGGUAGGCCCAGGGAGAUGGCUCACCAGGAAAAGCUUUGCCACACAAGCUUACCAUCAGGAGUUUGAUCCUUGCAACCCAUGGUGGAAGAAAAGAACUGACUCCCAAAAGGUGUCCUCUUGACCUCUGUUCAUGUGCCUUGGCACACAUAUACCUGCACUCACACAUCAUACAAUACUUUUUAAAGGGUGGGAUGAACUUACAGAGUCCCAGUGCAUGUGGUAUGAGCUUAGGGAUUCGAUCCUCCUCAUGUGACUUGUCUCCACUAAGCACUGAGCAUCCAAACAAGGGAAAACACUUCCUGAGCCGUGAGGUAGUUGCCAAAGGCCUGAUUCUUGGUCUCUAAUAAAGACCAAAUUUGGCUAUCUGCCUUAAGAGUCAUAAUAGUGACUAAAUUGGGCCCAUUAUACCUGUGAUCCCAACUACUCGGGAGGCUGACAAAGGAUUAUACGAGACUGUCUCAAUAUGUUUUGUUUUUUUAUAAAAGAAGGGGUUUGGUUUUUUGGGUUGGUUGGUUUGCUCUAGCAUGCAUGAAUCCUUAGGUUCUGUACCCAGUAAAGAAUUUAGUAUGGCAGGCCUGGAAGGAAUGGGACCAGUGCCAUAAGCCCCUUCAAGGUACUAACGGAAGCUUGACUACUCCGGAAGAGACAGAACUCAGGGCAAGAAAUACACAUAGCCUGGUCAUACAGGGCUAGUUCUAUGGAGUUAUUGCUGCCACCUGGGAAAUCAUUGAGUGGGCAGUUAGGUUCUGACAUAAGAUUACCAGCCUGCAGGGCUGUUUCUGGAAGUCAGUAUAAGCUGAGGGGAAAUGACUUAGAACAAACCAGAGGUAAAAAAUGGAGUCAGUCGGUAAUGACUGUUUACUCUGGUGAAGGAAGCAAACGACAAUUUCAAAGGGGCCCCCAUUCUGAAGUGAGUGAGUAGUCUAGACAGAAUUUCAUUCCCAAGUCCACAAUACCAUAAGGGCUUAAUGUCCCAUCUGCUGUCACUGUGAGUGAUAAAACCCAAGACUAGCCACUUGGGUCUUGCCCAACCCCAAAACUACCUUCACAAGAAGAGAUGCCAGGGCAGAGCUGCUGCUUCCGUCUGCGCUGCUGCUCCUGACAAUUUCCCCUUACAAGUUCAGCGAAUUUACUUCCGAUCCUGUUUUGCUUGCUUCUUGUAAUACUUUUAAUUUGUGUAUGAGUGUUUUGCUUACAUGUCUGUAUGUAGUAUGUAUGUAUGUAUGUAUGUAUGUAUGUAUGCAUGUGUACCACAGAAGUUGGCAUCAGAUCCUCUGAAACUAGAGUUACAGAUGAUUAUGAGCCACAUGGCAAACCUAGGUUCUCAGCAAUAGUAACAAGUGCUCUAAACCACUGAGCCACCUCUCCAAGACCCCUUGUGAUAUUUUAUGUAGCUUUUUUAGGUGUCUCUUAGAAGGGUUCCAGAUUUGCACAAUCUGACGUGUCUGUGGAAGCAGAAAUGUUUCCACAUGUGAAGGGCAAAACCCUGUUAUUCUGAGACCCUUGAACUACUGCAACAAUGACUUCAACUCCUAAUGAAACAGAAGUGUGGGCUGCUUCCAAACAACAGUUUCCUCCACGAUUCUCUAUGCCAACACCAUCUGGGCCCAUUCUUGGGGAGGGGUUGGAAUGUGAAGGAAGCACUGGACUUGCUCACUCUCUCCUAAAGGCAAGCUGGGACCAGAGGGUAAAGUGAACAUAGGAACAGAGCUGCCCACAUCACAUCAGCUUGGAAGCGGCUCUCCAUCCCUGAAGGUGUUGGAAUGAACAACAGGUAUUAAGACUAAUGAGGAUGUAAAUGGGCAGAAAAUAGCAACUGAAGUCUAUGUGGGCUGUUUCUGGAUCCCACCUGCUCAAAUUCUAUACAUCUGUUUGAAUCACUGAAACAUGGAUUGUAAUUAAGAAAUCGUGUUCUAAUAGGUUUACCCCUUUAAUACUUAACCAUCUUGGAAUCUUAAAUAGAGUCUGAAUAGAGAUAAAAGACAACUGUGAUGGUUGUGUGUUGGUGUAUAUAAAGAGGCUUCUAUGAUUAUGGCAAUCUCCUUUUUCUGACUAAUCUUGUUCCUAUGAACACAAAAUGUGAUUAAAACCGUUGAGGCCAGACAGAACACAUGAAAAGAACAUUUAAAAUCCGCAUAAAUUUAAACUGUUGGUCACAGCAAAUGGGAGAAUUUACCAUUUAACUAUUUUUCAUCUAGUCUGGGAGUCUAAGGAUUUGGCUGAUAGCUACCACCGAAGAGCCAAAUAGACCUGCUUCUUUUUCUGUGAAAUAAGGGGGUAAAAUUAAAAACCAGUGUGUAAGGGGAAAGUGGGCCACUGAAGAAUCAAUUAGACAUUAAUUAGUACCCACUCUGCUAGGAACUGAGAAUACUAAAAACUGGUGGGUUUCCUUCAUCCUAGAGCGCAGGCCCUCCUAAACUCUUGAAUUACUCAAGUCUCUGUGACGUUACAGCCCUGGGGCCGGAAUAAGAACCAAUGAAAGUAGAGGUCUGGUAGAGACCAUGAGUUAGGGAAAUGGAGGGCAAAAGAGGAGCCGGUGACUUGUUGGAAUCAACACCACAGGAACCAUUAUCGAACUCUGGAACACAGCAUGACAGCCUUCCAGUAUUGACUGUGAUGUUGCCAGGACACAUCAGCCAGUGGCAGUGGGUCACCCAAAGGCUGGCACGUCUGGGGUCCUUCAUGCCAGCCAAGCUGAAGGCCAGACCCGCCGGGUGCCAGGCUUCCUUGCUCUUGCUGUGCGUGCUCUUCACCAGUCCUAGGAGAGUUGCCCAAAACUCCUGAAGUCCCCUUCUCCAAAUGUGGGACCCGGGUGUAUGCAGGGGUGCGCUUUGCCUGGUACAGACCAUUCAGCUGGAGGUCCAUCUGGCUGGGUGCUGCUCCAGGCUCCGUGAUUCCCAGAAUACUGUAAGAAUCUCCACCCACUUCUCCCGAGAAGCUAGCGGGUCCCGUUAGGAAGUGGCAAUUAAGCCUGCACCCCCAUCCCCACCCCCCAGCUCCGACCGAAAGCAAAAGCGGCAACAUGGGUCCAUGGCCGCUCAGACCAGGCGGCUAAGGAGCUCCGCGCUGCGCUCUGCAGGGAACGGGCCCGCCCCCCUGUGUGCGCAGGCGCGCGCCGCACCGGGCUCCCACGGUCACUUGGCGCGGGCUGCGCUCGCUAGCCUUGCAGGUAAGCACGGGUCGGUGGGCUCGGGCUGGGUGUUCCCGGAACAUCACACCCGGGUCCCGGCCGGCCGGCGCGGCGAGUGCUGGUAUCCUGUGGGCCCCGCCCCAGGUCCUUUCCCGGCUCCUGCCGCACCGACCGCGGGCUGGGGUGGUGACUCCGCAGACCCAGGGAUGGGCGCUGCCUGUGGGGGCUGCGGGAUGCCGGGCGAGCGAGCCCACGGGCACUGCUAUCUGCAUCCAGAGCGGCGGGGAGGACAGAGGUUCGGCCUUGCAAAGAGAUGUAAUCAAUUAAGAGUUUCCAUUAAUGAGAGGGUGUGGAGGGCGAGUUUGGGGUUUCCAUAGGCCAUUUGGCAAACUUUCCGCUGUCAUUAAUUUUCAAUAUUUUUAACAGAAAAUGAGAUUUUAAACAAAAUUGGCUAUAAAGCGAGAAAGAAAAAGCUAAAGAAUUCCGCCAUUUUGGCGUUUUAAAAAAGUAACCCUUCUGCAGAGCGGAUGGAUCAGUGACCGCCCCGCCCGCGACUGUCUGCAUUAGUUAGUCUAGGGAGGCUGGUGGCGGCUUUGGACACUCCACCCGCUAGCGUCACAUUGCAGCUUUGGCGGGAGCGAGCUAGGGGACACCCCCCCCCCCAAGUUUUCUGUGUGCCUCUAGCACUAUCUCCCCUCUCUCCAAUACUUACCACCAGGGCAUUUAUUGGGUGUCUACUGUAUACAAGGCCUCAAAGGGCUCUGGGUGGAGUGUGUGUGGAAAGCUUGACAGACAGCAAGAGACAGCAGCGUGGACACGUUCAAAAAUUGUUUGUUGCUGGGCGGUGGUGGUGCACGCCUUUAAUCCCAGCACUCGGGAGGCAGAGCCAGGCAGAUCUCUGUGAUUUCGAGGCCAGCCUGGUCUACAAAGCGAGAUCCAGGAAAGGCACAAAGCUACACAGAGAAACCCUGUCUCAAAAAACCAAAACAAAAAAAAAAAAUGUUUAUUGAACAUCUGAUAUGUGCAACUACUCUCAUUUUAAGUAGGAUUCCCUGGAAACACAGAUUUCAGUGUAGGUUUAUGGGAGUAGCCUUGUGAAGCCAGCAAGAUGGAACAGAGAUGGUAAAAUGCUGGUAGAAUCUCAACAGAGGCCUCAGCCUGUGGAGCAGCACGCCCUAACCCUGAGACGACCCUGCAGAGAUGCCUUGAAUGAAGCCAGCAUUCACCAGAGCCCCUUCAGACUCUUCUGGAUGGAGGGGCACACGGAAAUGGAGAUACUAAGGACACUGAAGGGAUCUUCCACAGGGGAGGUCAGUGUGCACCUGGUGGCCAGAGACAGCGCAGGUUCCCGUCCUCCCCUGCCUGCAACUGCCUUUGUUAUUCCUACCAAUGCAGCUACCCUUGGUCUGCCCAGCACAGCCCUGGAUGUGUCCUAUCCCAGGGAGCCAGUCCAUGUGGGCACCCUGGAGCGGGUGACCAGCACCAGCGAACCAGUUACUGCCACCAUUCUGCCACAGCUAAGCACCGGGCCGGGGACCAAUAGCACAGUCAGGCUUCUGGAUUGGACAGGGGUUUCCACACCUUCAGCCGGGAGUGGCCUACGGUUCCGGAUAAGCGAGUACGCGCCACUGAAUAUGAUGGGAAUAGAACGACCACCAUGCCCGGAACGACAGCAAGAAGGGCUGGUCCGACAUGAAGGUGGCCCUACUGGAGGCGAUACGGACACCCAGCACCCUGAAGAUGUCCACCGGAACCCUCAAGAAGUCACCUCUCAGGAACCCCCAAAGGACGCGAGCUCCUGCGAGUGCCAGACUUGUGGGCCUCAACAAGGCACUGCCCCAGACCUGGGUUCUUCAGGCGACCACUGCCCUCCGCCUUUUCAGAAGCGGUCAGUCAUAGUAGAGAACUCAGGCUGUACCAUCGCUUCUGAGCUCCUAAAACCCAUGAAGAAGAGGAAACAUAGGGAGUACCAGAGCCCAUCAGAGGAGUCGGAGCCAGAGGCCAUGAAGCAAGGAGAAGGAAAAGAUCCAGAGGGACAGCCUACUGCCAACACCCCAGAGAGUGAAGAUUGGAGCAGGAGCCAGCUGGGUAUGGUGGCCUUGUCGUCGGGUGAGAAGAAGGAAGGCUGGUCCUGGGAGUCCUACUUGGAGGAGCAGAAGGCUGUCACUGCCCCAGUCAGCCUCUUCCUGGACUCCCAGGCAGUCACCCAUCACAAGAAUGGCUUCAAACUGGGCAUGAAGCUGGAAGGCAUUGACCCUCAACACCCGUCCAUGUACUUCAUCCUCACCGUGGCUGAGGUGUGUGGCUACCGGCUGCGCCUGCACUUUGAUGGGUAUUCUGAGUGCCAUGACUUCUGGGUCAAUGCCAACUCCCCUGACAUUCAUCCUGCUGGCUGGUUUGAGAAGACUGGACACAAGCUGCAGCCUCCCAAAGGUUGCAAGGCAGAAGAGUUCAGCUGGAGCCAGUACCUGCGCAGCACCAGAGCUCAGGCAGCCCCCAAGCAUCUGUUUGCAAGCCAAGGCCACAGCUCUCCACCCGUGGGCUUCCAGGUGGGCAUGAAGCUGGAGGCCGUGGACCGCAUGAACCCGUCCCUUGUCUGUGUGGCCAGUGUGACAGAUGUGGUGGACGGCCGCUUCCUGGUGCACUUUGACAACUGGGAUGACACUUAUGACUACUGGUGUGAUCCCAGCAGCCCCUACAUCCACCCGGUAGGCUGGUGCCAGAAGCAAGGAAAGCCCCUGACCCCUCCACAAGACUAUCCAGACCCUGAUAGCUUCUGCUGGGAAAAAUAUCUAAAAGAAACUGGGACCUCAGCUGUGCCUACUUGGGCCUUCAAAGUGAGACCCCCUCACAGCUUCUUGGUCAACAUGAAGCUGGAGGCUGUAGACCGCAGGAACCCAGCACUGAUUCGGGUAGCCAGCGUGGAAGAUGUGGAGGACCAUCGGAUAAAGCUCCACUUUGAUGGCUGGAGUCACAGCUAUGACUUCUGGAUUGAUGCCGACCACCCGGACAUCCACCCCGCAGGCUGGUGCUCCAAGACAGGACAUCCCCUGGAGCCUCCUCUCCGACCCAGAGAAUCCAGCUCUGUCUCACCUGGGGGCUGCCCGCCUCUCAGCCACAGGAGUCCGCCCCACACAAGGCCCUCCAAAUACAGCUUUCACCAGCGGAAGUGCCCCACUCCUGGCUGUGAUGGCUCCGGCCAUGUCACAGGCAAGUUCACAGCUCACCAUUGCCUCUCUGGCUGCCCGCUGGCCGAGAGGAACCAAAGCCGGCUGAAAGCAGAUCUGUCCGACUCGGAGACCGCAGCCAGGAAGAAGAACCUGCCUAAUUUGUCCCCAAGGAAGAAGCCCCGCCAUCAUGGCCGGAUUGGACGCCCUCCAAAGUAUCACAAGAGUCCACAAGAAGAUUUCCAAGCCCUUCCCCCCAGUGUGGUGCACCAGUCCCUCUUCAUGUCCACCUUGUCCACCCACCCCGACCGCUCAUUCUCCGUGUGCUGGGAGCAGCAUUGCAAGCUCUUGCCAGGAGUGGCGGGCAUCUCGGCCUCCACGGUCUCCAAGUGGACCAUUGAAGAGGUCUUUGGCUUUGUUCAGACCUUGACGGGCUCCGAGGACCAAGCACGCCUCUUCAAAGAUGAGAUGAUUGACGGCGAGGCCUUCCUUUUGCUGACACAGGCGGACAUUGUGAAGAUCAUGAGUGUCAAGCUGGGCCCAGCCUUGAAGAUCUAUAACGCCAUUCUCAUGUUCAAAAACACUGACGACACCUUUAAGUGACUGUCCAGGUGGGCCCUCCUCCCACCCUGGCUGGGCUCCCUCCUCAGACGGUGCUCCUUUCCUGCACCCCUGUCCUCUCGGUCUGACUAGGCCUGGCCCUUCUCAGAAGGUGUAUGGGAGCAGAGGAGCCUGGGCAAGGGAGUCUAGGCCCUCAGUCCUGGAGUCCAUUUGUCUCCGCUUUGCCCCAGUGAGGGUGUGACGGAACGGAGGCCUGAUGACAGAAAGGAAUGCAGGCAUCCUGGCUAGGACAGCCUGCGUCUUCAACCACCUUGGUUCUUAGGAGUUAGGAGGAGCUGGGUCCAGUAGGCCUCCUCUGCUCAGACCUGGGUCCUUUGGGGCAUCUCUUUGUGCUUUCUUCUCGGCCCCUCUCCUCCUACAAAGAGGUGACCAUGACUUUGGCAUACAUAUUUAUACAUAAAAGGUGCCUCCUCCCUUUCCACUGUUGGCUGUGUGUGUACCCUUCCUCUGCUGCCCAGUUCUUGGGCAGCCCCCGUCAUGGUCCAGCCAGACCCCGUGGCUCUUCUCCUGUAGAUGAGUAAGUCUCGGAAAUAUGAGAGCGUCCCACUGGGAGCCUCUGGCUGUCUUUCCUCUUUUGCCUCUAGGCGGAGAUCCGGAGCUAAGGCACCUACCUUCCUGAACAGUUGAGGACCACUCAGCAGUGGGGUGGCCAGUUCCGGGGCUUAGUUCCAGCAGAGGGAGCAGAUAGUUGGAGUUUAUGUUAAAACAAAUGGAGCCCGGGUUCUCUGAUGCUGCCUACACACCAGCAGAUAGAGUCUGCUGCGUGUCGGGAAGAGGCAGUCUGGGCUGAUAGGCAGUCGGGCUAGGAUGGCAGGCACACUGCAGUCUUGGGCCUGAGGGGUGGCUAGCUCCAGACAGCAUGGUGGCGGCAGCAUCCUAGCUGUGUCUGUGGCUCCCAGCCAAGAUAUUACACAUGCCAGAGAGGCCUCUGCCAGUCCAGCCUCCUGCCCGGAGAGUGUAGCACUGUGUAGCACCCAACCCCUGUGACAUCACCCUGCCCCUUAAACAUUUCUCAUUUUGCCCUGGAGGCUAACAAAGACCACCUACAGCAGAGAGUUGGAAGGGUUCCUCUCCUGUCUUUGAACUCUCUGGUCUCUUAUGCCCUUCCUGCCACUCUCCGACUGUCUCUCACUGCCAACUGGGUCCCCGCUGGGCCUCUGGGCCUUGGACCUUUCUGUCCAAGUGGAGGUUCAGUCCCCACUCAACUACUGCCAAACACACCUCCCAGCCAAAGUGGGGAGCACCAGAGCCCAGCAGGAGCCACUCCGCCCAUACGUGGAAGCCAGUGCCAAGCUUCAUCUGGUGCUGAGGUGGGCCUGCAGACUGAAGAGCAGGGUCAUCUCCCAGUCCAGUACACUUGUAAGUCAUGUGGUGUAUGUGUGUGAGUAUGUGUGUGUGUACAUACAUGUUGGUCACUCAGCAGUUUCUGUCAGGUGCAGGGAUGAGGUACAGUGUUGGGAAUAUUAAGGGCUAUUGUUAAGCUAUGAAGCUUUAUUCUUUCCUCAGAAGUGAGAAACCAAAAGUUCUGUUGAUUUCCUGUUUCAGCCCUUUGGGGACCUCCCCUCCCUAGUCCAGACAGCUUCUGGGAGGUAGCCAUUUAACAUCCAGUUGGCGUCGACAGAGCCUCAGGUUGCCGUUCCCUUUCAGCCCUCAAGGGUAACUCUGAGCAGAACCUUUCUGGGAUGACACCGGGCAAGAGCAGCCAAGGGGGAAGGAGGGUUAGGUUGACAGAUGUGACAUCGUUGCCCCUUUGCUGGGAGUCUGCUAUCUCAGCUGUCCGGGUUGCUGUGGAACCUGCCACCUUCUGGUCUUCAGUCCGUGGUGUCACUGAGCAGUCUGAGAAGGCAGCACAUGUUCUGUGUUCCUGGCUGGGGCUGUGAGACCACACGGCUCCCAAGGAGGGGGACGACAGCCUUUGCCAUGCAGCUCUGCCGUUAACAGAUGCCUGUGGGAAAGGCCAGAUGGACUAACGGCCUUGGAGAAGAGGACUCGCAGGCCUCCCGACUCUGAGGCCUCAGCUCUUCUGUACUAAUGUCAGACUCUUUGGAAAGAAAGCAAAUCCUAAAGAAGUCCAAAGAAAUCUGCCUUCUGACCAUUCCACUACCCGCUGGGUCCCCAGAUGAGACUGUUGCACCUUGACCCGGGAGCACAGGAGGAGAGGAAGUGGGUGGCUGUUUCUGGCACCCUGUGCAACAUGAACCACUUACACUUUGUCCCCAGCAGGCUUGUCCAGCCUCGGCCCAGCCCUGGCCUGAGACAGGGAUGAACUCUCUGUUUAAUUUCUAAGACAGAGAGAAUGGUUCCAGAGUUUGAAAAUGAAGCCUGCUUCCACCUUCGUUUACAUGCACUGUGAUGGGGUUACAUUUUUGUUCUUGUUGUGUGUGUGUGUCUGUAUGUGUCUGUGUGUGUCUAUGUGUGUCUGUGCACGCGUGCAUUCUUAAAGAAAAUCCUUUGGUUUAAACUAAAGUGAUUCUUUAGGGAGGAAACAUUACAAAGAAAAUGCAGUAUGAUUUGUCUGUGUAUUGUAACAACACAAAUAAAUUCAAAUCAUUGAACAGUC